AUGGAUCGGUACCUGCUCCUCGCGGUCUGGGGCGAGGGAAAGGCCGCGGCGGCGGGCCCGGGACUUGGGCCCGAGGCUUUGCGAGUCGAGGGCCCCGGAAAGCCGUCGGAUUUAAGAGCAGCAAAUGUAUAUCGUCUCCUGAAAAGAAGCAUUAGUGCUUCAAUUAGUCCAGAAGAUAGUACUUUCCCUGCCUGUUCAGUGGGCGGUAUACCUGGUUCCAGGAAGUGGUUCUUUGCAGUUCAGGCAAUAUGUGGAUUUUAUCAGUUUUGUAGUUCACACUGGGAAGAGAUACAUUUUGGCGCAGAGAAGGAUGACAUUGAAGAUGUUCUUCAAACAAAUAUGGAAGAAUGUUUGAGUGCUGUUGAGUGUUUUGAGGAAGAAGACAGCAAUAGCAGGGAAUCGUUAUCCUUGGCUGACCUUUAUGAAGAAUCUGCAGAAAGUUUGCAUCACUUAUCAGACAAGCUUCCUGCUCCUGGUAGAGCAAUGAUAGAUAUAAUACUGUUGCCUUCUGACAAAGAUCCUCCAAAACUGAGAGACUGUCUGCCUACUGUAGGAGCAUUAAAACAUUUGAAGGAAUGGUAUUCAGCAAAAAUUACUGUAGCAGGAGAUCAUUGUGAAAUAAGUUAUCAGAAAAUUGCAGAAUACCUUUCUGCUAAUGUUGUAUCGUUUGAAGAUCUCAAAAAUGCUAUUGAUUCAACGGAGCUGUGGAGAGGAAAGAUUCAGAUAUGGGAGAGGAAGUUUGGAAGUGAAAUUAGUUUCCCUGAAUUUUGUUUAAAGGGAGUCACACCAAAGGAUUUUAAAACAUCUAAUUUAGAAACUUGCUUUCUUGACAAAAAGAUAAUACCGUCUAAGGAUAAAGAUAUUUUGCCAAAGGUUUUUCAUUAUUAUGGCCCUGCUUUAGAAUUUGUGCAGAUGAUAAAAUUAUCAGAUCUACCCUCCUGCUAUAUGUCGGACAUUGAAUUUGAGUUGGGAUUGACCACAAACAGCACCAGGCAGAGCUCCGUGCUGCUGUUGGAGCAGCUUUCGUCCCUCUGUGGCGAGGCUGGUGCUCUUUUUGUAUUGCCGUGUACCAUUAGUAGCAUACUUAUUCCUCCUCCUAGCCAACUCAAUUCAAGAAGAUGGAAGGAAUAUAUGGCUAGAAAGCCUAGGACGAUCAGUGUUCCAGAUGUUGAAGUGAAAGGAGAGAGUUCUAGCUAUUACCUCUUAUUACAAGGUAAUGGCAAUGGAAAGUGUAAAGCCACAUUGAUUCACUCAGCCAACCAGAUCAAUGGCUCGUUUGCACUCAGUUUAAUUCAUGGAAAGAUGAAAGCAAUGACAGAAGAAACCAAAUUGAGUUUUCCUCUUGACCUCUUGUCACUUCCGAGUUUCUCCAGGGAGCAGCUUAUACAGAGAGAAAAACAGUUAGCCAAUGUUCAGGCUUUGGCUUUGAAGGAAUGUCUGAAAAGGGGAAAGUUGGCAAAGCGGCGUGAGGUAAUUUCUGUGGAUGAACUCAAAAGUCUGCUAACACGCACAAGGGAACAUUUUUUAGAUCAUUUUGAUGCUGUUAUUCCAAAAACAAGUCUAAUAAAGACAGACAAAACCUCCAAUAUGUUAAAUGAAAGCCGUUCACUGGAGCCUCCUUCCUGCCCAGUGGAGACCAGUCCUCUGGAGUGGCCUGAGAGGCAUGUCCUUCAAAAUUUGGAAACUUUUGAAAAAGCUAAACAAAAAAUGAGAACUGGUUCAUUACCUCGUUCAUCUGAACAAUUGCUGGGCCACAAAGAGGGUCCACGGGAUUCAGUCACAUUAUUGGAUGCUAAAGAAUUGCUUAAAUUCUUUACCUCAGACGGGUUACCAAUUGGAGAUCUUCAGCCUUUACAGAUUCAAAAAGGGGAGAAGACUUUUGUCCUGACACCAGAACUUAGUCCUCGGAAACUUCGCGGUUUACCUUUUGAAAAAGCUUCAGUAUGUCAUUAUCAUGGAAUUGAGUAUUGCUUGGAUGACCGGAAGGCAUUAGAGAGAGACGGGGGAUUUUCAGAGCUGCAGUCCCGUCUUAUUCGUUAUGAAACCCAGACCACCUGCAGCAGGGGGAGUUCUCCAGGACCCACUGUGCUCAGCCCUCUUCCGUCUCCUGCAGUUUCGUCAGAGCCCACGAGUGUCCCUGACGGAGAAGCUCUGCAGAGGGAGCUCCGGACUGACGUCUCCCGAGUGAAAAGGAGAUCACAAGACCUGAAUUGCCUUUAUCCCCCCAAAAGACUUGUGAGAUCUGGAAGUUCAGAUUCUCUUCUUUCUCAGACAAGUGGCAGUGCUCGCCAUCACCAUGAGGUCCCAUCCAGCAAACCGCGGGCAGAGCGACCGUUACCUGUCACGUGUCCCUCUGCUCUGAGCAGUGAAACUCCCCGGGUCACUGCCAAGGCCCGUUCAGGUCAAAAAGCUGUGCGCGGACCAGAGACAGCAAGGCCUGCGAAAGAAUCCCGAUCACAGAAGCACACGCGGAUACUGAAAGAAGUAGUUGCUGAAGCCCUGAAGAAGCACAGCGUGACGGAGGCUCACGAAUGUUUUGCUGCUUGCAGCCAGCGUCUCUUUGAGAUCUCCAAGUUCUACCUAAAGGAUCUUAAAACUUCGAGGGGUCUAUUUGAAGAAAUGAAAAAAACAACAAACAACAAUGUUGUACAGGUGAUUGAAUGGGUCUUAGAAAAAGCAAGCAAGAAAUAA